AUGAAAGCAACGGAAACUCAGCGGAAGUUGAUCAAAGCGAAACAUGAGACGAUUCAGCUGCCACUAAGCAAAGAAGAGUUCCAGAAGGCAGAAAGUGUUCUUUGGAAACAAGCACAGUUUGAUGGGCUUCCAGACGAGAUGAGCGCGCUGAUGACCAGCAUAACGCUCAAACCAGGACAAGAACCCGAGAGGAUUACGAAAUCCAGUUGUAUUUACAAACUAACACCGGUCCUCGACGAAAACGGGGUACUGCGCGUUGGCGGUCGAAUGGAAACAUCAGCCGAUAUUCCGUUUGACAAACGAUUUCCGAUUAUUCUGCCGCGGAAGCACGGCCUGACAAGAAAAAUAAUUCAAUUUUACCACGAAAAGUUUGGUCACGCUAACCGCGAAACUGUGGUUAAUGAGCUUCGCCAACGUUUUUGGAUUCCAAAUAUUCGAGCAGCGAUUAUACAGAUCAUGCGCCAAUGUAUAUGGUGUAAGGUGAAUCGUUGUCGUCCAUUGGCUCCGAUGAUGGCUCCACUACCCGUUCAGAGAGUGACCCCUCAUCUUCGACCAUUUAGCUCGAUAGGCAUCGACUAUCUGGGUCCCAUUGAAGUGGCAGUCAACAGAAGGAAAGAGAAAAGGUGGGUCUGCGUAUUCACUUGUCUUGCGAUUCGUGCCGUACAUCUUGAGGUUGUACAUAGCCUCUCAACACAAUCAUGUUUAAUGGCCAUAUGGAGAUUUAAUAAGGAGCAUGGCAUACCAACAGAAUUUUUUUCGGACAACGCAACUUGUUUCAAGGGCGCAGACCGCGAGAUGCGUAGAAUCUACAGUGAGUACGCGAAUACAGUAGUGACAGCGUGGCAUUUUAAUCCUCCAGCAGCGCCGCACUUGGGUGGCAUCUGGGAGAGAAUGGUAAGAACCGUGAAGGAAUGUAUGAAAACGCUUGAUGAUGGAAGAAUCCUAACCGAUGAAGUUUUGCUAACGGUCCUUGCGGAAGCAGAGGAUAUGAUCAAUGCGCGUCUCCUAACGUGCAUACCACAAGAGUCAGCUGAAGAAGAAGCAAUCACCCCGCAUCAUUUCCUUCGUGGAAAUGUGACGAUUGCAGACAUGAAGGUAGACGAGAAAGUUAAUGUUGCAGGCGCUCUACGAGACGCUUACAAGCGAUCGCAAGUUGUUGCGAACCGAAUGUGGGAGCGCUGGUCCAAAGAAUAUUUUCCAACUAUAAACAGGCGAACCAAAUGGUAUGGAGACCAGAAACCAUUAGAAGUAAAUGACCUAGUAUUCAUUGUCGACGGAAAGAACAGGAAGUGCUGGACUAGAGGUAUAGUAGAACAAGUGUUUCAGGGACCGGAUGGGCGAAUCAGGCAAGCAAAUGUGAGAACAGCUGGCGGCGUACCGAGACGUGCUGUAGCCAACUUAGCGGUGCUGGAGAUAGGAGACUGUAAAUCCGAAACUUCCGGAAAAGUUACCGGAUGUUACGAGCUGGGGCAUGUUAACACCGCUGGGCCAGCCAAACUAAGCCACAGGGAUAACGGGAGUGACAGUGAGCGUCAACCAACCAGAGAGAUAGCGAGGCGACAGCCGAUGUCAGAGGGGAUUAAACAAAUAAUAAAAGAAGAACGAUAA